AUUGAUUGUUUAUUUUGUUUCAUCUUCUUCUCCUGUUUGGUGAGUUAAUAUGAUGAUGAAGAGAAGCUUUUCUGUUGUGAUAAAAUAAAACAUCAACAUCAUUCCGUUGGUAUUAAAAUAUGUGUUCGCAAAUUGAUCAGUGCAAGAAAGGAAUAUCCAUCAAAGAGCCUAUUGAAUUUCCUCUUCCUGAUUUAAUCGGAGAAUCAGAGAUUCUCAAUGAAGAUCGAAGAAAAGAGUUGGCACGUCAUCUGCCCGCUCGUACCGAAGGCUACUCAUGGGCUUUAAUAUAUUCAACAUUAAAACAUGGAUUCAGUUUGAAGACCAUUUAUCGUAAUAUGGUCAACUACGAUAAUCCAGUUCUGUUGAUUAUCCAAGACACUGACGGAUCAGCAUUUGGAGCACUAACUUCCACUUCACUUCGGACAAGUGACCAUUUCUAUGGGACCGGUGAAACUUUUCUCUUUUCUUUUUACCCUGAAUUCAGAUGCUUCAGGUGGACCGGUGAUAACGUUUACUUUAUCAAAGGAGAUUCAGAAAGUAUUGCAUUUGGUGCUGGAGAUGGGAGAUUUGGCCUGUGGCUGGAUGGUGAUCUUUACCAUGGAUCUUCAAAUCCAUGCCAGACCUUUGGGAAUACCCGACUUUCCAAGAAUCAAAAUUUUGUUGUGAAAGCGUUGGAGUGUUGGGGCUUCGUUUGAGCGUUUUUAUCAAAUGAUGGACUUUAGUAAUCCAAUUGAGUAACGAAAAGAUAACUUGUUGAUUACUUUCCAAUCUUAGUUACUGUUUACAAUCAAAUCACUGAUCUCAACUUUGAAAAAUCUUAAUUUCUGAUUAAGUUAUUUAAUUGUUAGCUAAACAUUAGCAUUGUAAUAAUUUAAUUUAUCAUUAAUUACUAUAUUGUAAACACAAAAAAACAUAUAUAUUAAGUAACUGAAAAGUUCAAAGUUGAUUCAAUCAAGAACCACCAACAAUUAAUAAUCAAUCAAAUAAUCAAAGUUAAUCAUUAAACAAUCAACUAAUCAUUUAUACUCAAAA